AUGGAUCCCCUGAGCGCAGCUGCGAGCGUCAUUGCAGUGGUUCAGAUCGCCGACAGGAUCAUAGACUUGUGCAGGGCAUAUAUCACGGGAGUCAAGGAUGCACCUGCUGAGCUGAGAGCAAUCUUGAUCGAAGUUGGGAGCGUGAAAUGUGUUCUCGAAGUCAUCGAGCUGUUGGACACUUCUGGCGAGGCGGAGAUUGCCUUCCAGGGCGUGGAGAUUUUGGAAAAGCUACAGGGUCCGCUCGAGGGAUGCAAAGAGGCCUUGAACUCUCUUGAGGGUCUGUUUCCACCCCAGUCAGAAAAUGCGGCGACUAGGAAAAGGAAAAGACUUGCAAUCUCUCUGACUACUCUGGCAUGGCCAUUCAAGAGAGAGAAGGCCUUCAAGCUCCUCGAGGAGAUAGGACGACACAAGUCAACAAUAGCACUUGGUUUGACGACCGAGGCUGCUCAAGAUAUAAAGCAUAUUCGAAAAAAUGUCGAGAAGAUUGGCGAAGCGAUGACCGAGGCAGAGAUGACGAAAGUUCUGAAAUGGCUUGUGACAACCGAUCCCUCACCAAACCACAACAAUGCUUGCGAGCUUCAUGAAGAUCAUACUGGCCAAUGGCUUACCAAUUCUCCUGAAUAUGUUGACUGGAAAUCCGGACGCUCUCGAUUUAUCUGGCUCCACGGGAUUCCCGGUGCUGGAAAGACCGUCCUCCAUUCGUUCAUCGCGGAAGACGUUAAAAGACAUUGUAGAGGUAUUGAAGGCUCGUCUUGCGCGUUCUACUAUUGCUAUUUUGCGCGGAACCAAGGUGAGACCACACACUUUCUGCGAUGGGUCAUUAGUGAGCUUUGCCGAAAGAUUGGUGGGAUUCCAGCCAGAAUCCAUACUCAAUAUAAAGCUGGACUAGGCCACUUGGUGGAGGGUACUCUGCUUUCAAUGCUUGAAGCCGCGGCCGAGAACUUUUCCCGAGUCUACAUUACGAUCGAUGCACUCGAUGAGUCUGCCAAUCGUGAGCAUCUCUUGAAGUUAUUGCACAAAAUUGUCAGGCAUACAAAACUGGGAAAUAUCCAGCUUCUGGCCACGAGUAGAAAAGAAUUGGACAUCGAAAGUGCGCUCUCACCAAUUGCCACUGGGUUAUCUCUUUCGAAUCCGUAUGUAGAUAAAGAUAUCACGACAUAUGUUAAAGGGCGCCUUCGGGAGGAUCCCAAAUUUGGCAGAUGGCCCGAGAGCCUCAAAAGCGAGACAGAGGCAGCUCUUGUGAAAGGUGCAAAGGGAAUGUUUCGCUGGGCAUUCUGUCAACUUGACAUCUUGAAACGACUGCACACCUUGCCCGAAAUCCGGCUUGCUUUGACGCAGCUACCCAAAACUCUAGAUGAAACCUACGAGAGGAUACUCUGUAACAUACCACCAGAGAGUCAAAACAUGGUUUAUAGAACUUUGAGCCUCGUU